UCUUGCAAUCGCCCACCCACACGGCUGAGUUUUGAUAAGAAAAUAUUAUAUUGUUUUCAAUUCAGAGAGUGUUUUGCUGCUAUAUUUAUAUUCUGUUAUAAUGUGUCUAUAGUUUCACGGCAUACUAUGGUAUCCGCAAGAUCUCGGCGUGUGUUUUUUGAUGAUGCGUUGGAUUGUUGACUGUUUUCGUGUACGGGCGUGAACUCGAGGCAUCCGGAACACUUGCAUGUUUUGUAAUUAAUUUGUUCGCCCACUCGCCUCUGCGGCGUUCGGAUGUGGGAUUGUUGCUGUUCGUGAUGUUAGAAGGCUGUAGGUAGUGGUAUAAGGAGUGAGAACUUCAAAAUGUCGCUGCAGAAAAGUGUAAAAAGUGCGGGUGGCGAUCGGAGUGAGCAAGCAGACACCACGUCCAUAUGCUCGUCUGUGACCACGCAGCCCGACAGGCAUGGCUUCUUCGGUGGUGCUCAGUACAGUCCAGAACCCAAGCGGACGGUGUCCCCGAGCACGAUCCUGAAGCGGGAGCAGAAGUGGCUGCGCAUGCUCGAUAACUGGGAAGCGUUCAUGAGCAAGAACUACAAGAAGGUGCGCGAGCGCUGCCGGAAAGGUAUACCAGCAUCAGUCCGUCCUAAAGCCUGGCUGUACCUCUGCGGAGGGCAGCUACUCCUGGCGCGGCAUCCCAACGAAUAUGAAGAACUACUGCAGGCACCUGGCGACCCCAAGUGCAUGGAAGACAUCAGGAAAGACCUGCACCGACAGUUUCCCUAUCAUGAGAUGUUUAUACGCGAGGAGGGGCUUGGGCAACAAGAACUAUUCUCCGUGCUGAAAGCGUACUCAGUGCUGAACCCCAAGGUGGGGUACUUCCAGGCGCAGGCGCCGGUAGCUGCGUUCCUGUUGAUGCACAUGCCGGCCGUGCAGGCCUUCUGGUGCCUCGUAAGCAUCAGCGACAAGUACCUCAGCGGGUACUACAACCCUGGACUUGAGGUCCUCCAGCGCGACGGCGACAUUCUCCACGCGUUACUCCGACGGACAGCGCCGGCAGUCCACCGACACUUGGUGAAACACAAAGUGGAGCCGGUGCUGUACGCCACCGAGUGGUUUCUCUGUGCUCUCACGCGCACGCUGCCCUGGGACAGCCUGCUGCGCGUCUGGGACUGCUUCCUCUGCGAGGGGGUCAAGGUUCUGUUCAAAGCAUCCCUAGUAGUGCUAGCCGGAGCCCUAGGCCCGGCGAAGGUGCGCAAGCGCGCGUCGGGGCUCUGCGAGACGCUCGAAGUGCUCCGCCACCCGCCGGAGAACAUCCUCGCCGAGGAGUACCUGAUGUACCACAUGCAGCGCCUCAAUUUGACCGAGGAGGACUUCGAGUUUGAGCACCAGCGGCAGUCGGCGCGCCGCCGCGCCAUGCCUCACAGGAGUGGCAGCUGAUUCAGCGACUGUUCCUACAAGCGAUAUUCAAAGAAUAACGCGCGGGAUCUGUUCAACACUCUAUGAGUGAGUGACUCAGUGACUCAAGUGAAUAGACUUAGUGUGUGCUACGACUCUAAUGUUUACGUGCUGAACGCGAGUUGUGAAAGAGCAGUCUGAUGAAACUGUAAGUAUGGAGAAACUUCACGUAGCGCAGUUUUUCAUAAGUAUGAUGGUAGGCAAAGACUAAGCCAUACAGCCUUGUCUAAAGUUCUUGACUGAGAUUUUAUAAAGAUAGAUUCGUUGGUGUUGCCAAAAUAAAAUAUCCCGUCUCGAAGUAUUUUUUAAACGACCGAUUCGAAAUUCGAAUAAACGAUAAAUUAUCUUUUGAAUUAUUCCGUAAACCUGAUUAUAAUUAUAAAUGUACAAUACAAGAUAUUUCGUUAGGUAAAUAUUAUUCAGAUAUGAUAAAGAAAGGACGUACGUGUGAUAAUGGAAUAGCAAUAUGAAAAAUAAAAUGGUUUUUGAAAUGAAGUUGUAAAUGACAAUUUUAAUGUAUAAAGACCAAUUUGAAUUUUGAAUGUUGAUAAUAAGGACCAAUAUUGCACUGUUGGUCAUUGAUUAAAAGUGAGAGAUGGUUCAUGUAAAAUUAUUGGCUUAUUCCACUUGUUGAAAAGGAUUCCAUAAUUACCAUAGACUUAAGCUUUUCUCGAAUUUGGUCCUUGUCCAUUUUGUUCUUGAAGUAUGCUCAUUGUAAACUUGUGACAAAUAUCUUCAUAAAUAUUAGUUGAAAUCUUGUAAUUAAAACAAGAAAUUGACAAAUGUCCAUAGUAAAUUGUUUCUAAGAGUGUUUUUUUUUUUGUAUGAUAAAGCUUUAUGAUGUGAUUGGAACGACCACAGGCGGCGUUGGUGUUCUCAGCGAGCGACUGUUUAGGAUAUAAUGUCUGUUCUGUUUCAUUAACAAUUAUCACAUUUGCCUAAACAGAAUUGUAUCGUAAAACACAAUUAGUAAAGGUGCUUUGAGUGGGUUCGUAAUAUAAGAGAGGAAGUGUUCAAAUAAUAUCACAGUAUUUGUUAAGGAGAUAUUUGUGUGUGCGUGCUAGCAAUAUUGUCAUAAUCUUAGUUUUUGUAUAGCGAAACCCUAUUUAAUUUAUUACCCCUUUAUUUUCAUACAUGAAAUAAUAUUAAGACUGUAUUUAAGUUUAAAAAAACACGCGAGAAUUAUUCAUAAUAUCAUGUGAUAGGGACUUUUUGUAAUUGUUAAAAUUACAUAUCUCGAAAAUGUGUAAAUAAAUAAAUAACUUAACAAAAAAAUAUGAAAAAAAAUGUAAUAAAAAUAUAAUCUCAACUGUGAGAGUACAAUUAGAUGUAUCGUUUGAUAUCUCCUUUUUUAAUUUCCGUGAUUUCAUUGACAUUUAUACGAGAAUGCGACAUUGUAAUAUGUAAUAGUGAGGCGGAGUGAUAGUAAAGAAAUAAAGAAAUGAAAUAUAUACGCGCUAAUCUCACAUUGAAUGCCUCUUAAAAUGGCGCGUUAUUUUGGGCGAAAUCAGCGCGUUUAAAGCGUCAGGACUUGCUCUCACUAGAUGUCAUAGCAAUUCAAUACAAUUCAUAUACCGGCGCUCCGAUCCGGUCCCAAACCCCAAGGUCUGAAUACUAUCGGAAAAAUAACAUACUUAAAUAGGCUGUUUUCUACAGUACUUCCCAAUCAGUAUUUCCCAAAUACAUUCCUAAUAAAAAUUAGUAUAGUCUUCCUCUUCUCCAAUUCCAGUACAACUCAGGAUUGUGACAGAUCAAGAGUAUUUUUUAAAGGUUUUUCAAAUAGAUCAAUAUCUACAAAUACAUAGAUAUUUAUAUAGUACACUUGAAAAUAAUUCCGAACAAAAAUCUAUUUUUCUCACUCAAUCUUAUAGAAAAAGUUUAGAACGAAAGAGAACAAUAACAUAAUAUUUACAUUUGUCCAUUACAUGACUAUAUUAUCUACAUAUUAAAACGAAAAAAAUACAUGUUUACAAAGAAAGAGUAAUAAAUAGUUUAUUUAUUUCUCUACGAUAUGUACGGCUUUAUGUAAAAAAAAACUGAAUGAUGUUGCAUUGAGCUUUUGUGCUUAUUUGAAUGUAAAUUGUUAUUUGGUAAAAAUACUUUGAAAUUACUUUACAUAUCUAAGGUGGAAUAAAACAAGCCCUGCCUCUGGUUAAAUACUUUUGAUACUUUAAGUACAUCUUGUAUUGUUCAAUCCAUCUACUAUGUGGAUAUAGAUAGUGGCUGUUCUGGGGCGAAUUUAAUUUUUACAUGACAGUUCUACUACUAACGUUAUCUCUUUUGCACUGAGCACAAGUGAAAGAGAGCACUAUAUUUAGAGCUCUCAAACUAUGCUUAGAACGUAGCAUGAUUAGAAUGACAGCAGGACCGAGAUAUGGUACAUCGCCGAGCGCCGAAAGAGACGAGAUAUCUCUUUCGCUCUAACGGUAUACGGCUUAGUACGAAAGAGAUGAGAGAUAUGGGGUAUACACUAAAUUAAAUUCGUUCCGCCAGAAUUUCCACCAACGAAGUUUAUAGUUAAAAGAUCUUUGUUUAUCCUUACGUGCUUGCUUGUGAAUAAGUCACUACGUUCGAAUGUAGGCUAUGAUUUAGUUGUAAGAGUAUCUCGGUGCAUAAUGUUUCUUUUCCCUCCUAAUUUUAUUUCAAACUUAUAGUUUAAUUCAAUAAUUCACUUUCAAAAUGUUCUCGGAGGUUUGAAGUAAAUGCUAUAGAAAAAACAAUACUUCAAUUUUCAAUCGUUUGAAUAAAAAAAUGAUAAUUUCUAGUCAAAGAAUUAAAUUACGAUAAUCAUUGAAGUUGAAUAUUUACGAUAAUAUGCUACGACUACCCUAGUCGAUUUGUGGUUAAUCGAGCAUUUAUUAUUUCAUUAAAACUAGCAAUAUUGUCAGUCUUUUGCAGUAUAUUUUUUACUGUUUCUUUUUUUGCAGUGUUCUAUUUUCUAGUUUUGAAUUCAAAUUCUGAUACAUAGGUAAAUUUAACAUUUUAUGAAAAUGGAAAUUAGCAUUCGUUUGUAUUUGGAACUGUUAGUUAUGAUUGUCGAGAUAUUAAAUAACAGAAGGACUUUACAAAAUAAAAUACAUCUACUUCAAAACUCCAGAGAUAAACAUAUUAAAAAAAUGAAUUCUAUUUGUGUUUGGGUGUUGUGUGUUUUGUUUCGAUUACGUGGAGAAAAUUUAAUUUGAUGUUAUAUCUUUGUUAUUGCUAGAAUCUUCAACCAUAAACUAAGUGUAAUGUGUAAAUCAAUUUUUCGCAUAAUUGAAAUAAAUUCGAAUUUCAUUGUCUCACAUUCCGAUGAAGAGUUAGUCAGUCAUUGUUUGUAUGGAAAACUGCAGAAGCUAAAGCGAUAAAUACGAGAAACAGAGUUUGAAAACUGGAAUAGUCGUAAGUGAGAACGAGAUAGCAUCAUUUUCUUUAAUAGAAAAUGGAAAUAUACAGCUAUCAUUGGUUUAUGAAUUUAUGGCGAGAUUACUGAAAAGUAUAGUUUUAAAUAUAACAUAUGUAUAUGUAAAAGAAAUAUGAUGGUCAAUCUUGCAGUUUUCCAUGCGAGUUUAGAAAUAAUCUGAAAGCUGUAUAAUGAAUGUCGUUCGUUGCUAUUAUUUUUAUAAGAUGUCAGAAAGAUUCGCAUUUGCUGCAAUAUUCGUGUUGUAAAUAAAAUUAAAUAUAUAAAAGUU